AUGAAUUUGGAAGAAUACUUAUCUACAAGAAUGCAGGAGAUGUCCAAGUUUUAUAAUCAGCUCAAUAUUCCUAAAUAUGAUGAUAUCAAGUACAAUGUAUAAGUUAAGGAAUAACAAAUUGAGAAUAGAAGUUAAAAGCAUUUUGAAUACAAACAGGAAACUUCAUAGAAUUCAUUCAUUAAUGAAUUUAUUGAAGAACCUUAACAUUAGUAAAAUAAAUACCAGGACAUCUUUGAUGAAAUCCCAAUAAAAGGAGCAUAAAAACCAUUUGAAUAAUUAUUAUAAGAUCAAGGUAUUGUUUAAUAGGAGAAGAAGAAUAAGAAGGAAUUUUUAAAGAAGGGGACUCGAUAAUUUUUAUCCAAUGCAUAGACAAGAUCGGAACUAUCAAAGAGAGAACAUGAGGAGAUCUUAAAGAUGAAUAAUGAAAAUGCAGUUGAAUAAUAACAGCAAAAAAAGCUACCUGUUCAUUUUUUAUAGAAGGGUAAAGGUAAAUAAUGUACACAAAAAGCAAAUGAUUCUAUCUUGGACCAUACUAAAAAUGAUGAAAGUAUCAUUUAACAACAUGAUGAUAAAAAUGAUUUAAAAAAAGAGAAAUAUCUAUUAGAGUAGCAACAAAAGGAAUUGCAAAGGAUGAAAUUUCAAUAAUAAAAAUAAUUGGAAUAAGAGAAAUUGGAAUUUGAGAAAUGGAAGGAAGAAGAAAAGAAAAAAAUUGAGAGAAUUACCAAAAAACAUUAUACUAUUCAAUAAUAAAGGUAACAGUAAUUAACAACAAAAUAAUUGGAAGAAUUAGAUUUCUUAAGAAAAAGAGUGGCUUAAUAAAAUGAGGAGAUUAAGGAAUUGAAAUUUUAGUUGGAGAAAUCAUAGCAAUAAUUAUAAUAAAUAAACAAUUCUCAAAACAUAAGCACUCAUAAUAUUAAUAAGCUGAUUGCUUAAUCAUCUCCUCCUUAAAGUAAUUAUUCUACUAAAGCAUCCAAUUUUUCAGAAAAUAAAACAACUUCAUAUGCCAUGAUGCAUAAUAAACAAGGUUGUAUUAAUGAGGAAGAAGAAUAUGAAUCUUAGAAUGCGGAUGAUUAAAAUAGUUAUCAAAAUGGAGAUAGUUAUGAGUAAGAGAAAAUCAAGAUUGAUUUGAUUUAAUUAAAAAACCAACCCUCUAUUUCUAUAGAUAUGAUUAAUGAUUUGAUAGAUGAAUCAGAAUUUGAAUUUCAAAAUAAUAAAUAUUAUGGGUAAUAUUUAGAAUAUUUGAAACAUGAUGAUAAAGUAAUUUAGUAAAAUCAGUCUGCCGAUGGUAAAAUUUCAAGAACAUACUAAAGUGGUAAAAAGGAAGUGGUCUUUAAUAAUGGCGUCAAAAGAGAAGUAUUUUCAAAUGGGUUUACUAUUGUUCAUUUUACAAAUAAUGAUAAAAAGUAAACUCUGCCUGAUGGUACUAUUGUCUAUUAUUUUGGGCAAGCUAAAACUACAUAAAUAACAAUUUAAAAUGGACCUUAAAUAUAUCGAUUUUAAAAUAACUAAAUAGAAAUCCAUUUCUAAAAUGGUGAGAAGUAGAUAAGAUUUUCUGAUGGGACAAAAAAGUAUAUAUUUGCAAAUGGAGGGGAAGAGACUUUGUUUAGUGAUGGGAUAUACUAAAAAAUAGAUGUUAAUAAAGUAAAAUAUAUUGAAUAUCCUGAUGGGAAGGUUGAAAUCACUUACCCAGAUGGCAGAAUAGAAAACUAGACUCCCAAAAAAAAAAGUAAUUGA